AUGGAAGACACAAAGACAAAACUACCUUCACAUGAAUCCACUAUCCCUCUCAUUGCUAGGUUGGAUCAUCUUGAAUUCAUUAUGAAAUAUUUGGAAAGAAAGCAAAGAAGUGGAAACAAUAAUAACAAUAAUAGUAAUGUUAAUCUUGGUGCUGAGAAACAAUAUGGGGAAUUGGUGGCCAAGAAAGAGGCAUUUUUCAAAGGAACAUUGCUGGAUAGGGUGGCCUCUCUUGAACACAGACUUUAUCAGCUUUGCAUGGAAAGGGAUUCAAGUGGCAGCUCUUAUCCUUUGUCCAUAACUUCAACACAAAAUUCUGGAGAAUCUUCUUCAAGCCAGGAAUCCAAAGGAGAAAUAUGUUACUCAUUUCCAACCUUCAACAAUCUCCCAAAUCAUGGACACAAAGCCAUGCCUCACAACCACACUAGGACACUUCUUGAAUUGCAGGAACAAUGUGAGGGCAUUAAGAAUCCAAUGAAAAAUUCAAGCAAGCAGCAGGUGGUGAAGAAUAAUAAAGCCAAGAAUAAGGAAAAGAAAGGCACUGUCUCUAUGGCAAAGAAACGGAAUCCACCAAUUAGUUGGCCACAUUUAAAGCUAUUAGGCUGCUAA